CAAAAAGGUGAUUUUGUAUUUGUAGUGUCAUUUCAUUUUGAAUGAAUAAACAUGAAACAACAUGACCAAUAUAUUCUGAUCAAAUGUUUUUUUAAUGGUAAUUGACAUCAUUUUGUUGCAUUUUAAGAGUCAAUAACCUUAUUGUCUGAGACUCUCUUCAGUGCUCUGUGUUCUCCAUAUAAACACAUUGAUCUGCCAUACAGGGAAAAAUAUUUCCACAAGAUCCACACGAAAAACAAACAAAGAACAUGUUUUUCAAAGUGCGCAAUGACGUCUUUCUGAAUACCUGAAACAGCUGCAAUCAGUAAUUGAGUUUUGUGAUGCUUGCAUGUAAACUCAAGGGAUCAGGCCGCCACUGUAUUGGUAAUAAACAGAUGAGCUUGUCAUGUCUUCUUUAAAACGGAGCAAGACAGAAGCAGACUCACUUUUUAACAGAGCACAUUGGUGUUUUCCACAUCUGUCCUUGGACGUUGGAGAUUUGAACACUAACAAGAAUUUAAAAAUGGACUUAUUCAACUCCGCUCUUGGUAAAAACAUCACCUUUGUGCGUCCUGCAUAUUUUAUAAUAAGUGGAUUCAUUGGAAUACCUAAUGUCAUGUAUUACUAUAUCUUUCUCUUUUUUGUUUAUGUUAUUUCAGUGGUGGGAAACACAGUUGUGAUGACUGUAAUUUACUUGGAUCAUAAUCUGUGGACUCCAAAAUACAUAGUAGUUUUUAACCUGGCCUUUACAGACCUGUUUGGUACCACUGCUUUGGUGCCAAAGGUCCUUGACCUCUUCCUGUUUAACAAUAACCACAUAUCCUACAGCGACUGCUUGACAUUCCUUUUCUUCUGCUAUGUCACCCUGUCGAUGCAGGUUCUUAAUCUGAUUGCACUCUCCUAUGACAGACUGAUUGCUAUUACUUACCCACUGCACUAUCAAGUGAGAGUGACUCACAGGUUCAUGUUUUCUUUGAUUGCUUCUUUUUGGCUCUUUGCCAUUGCUGUGUGCCUCACGGCAGUCGGCCUCCUCACAAGACUGUCCUUCUGUAAGUCUUCUGUGGUUGUUAACAGCUAUUUCUGUGACCAUGGUCAGAUAUAUCGACAGGCUUGCAAUGACAAAACACCCACAAGUGUCUUUUCUAGGUUUCUAAUGGUUAUUCUUCUUUGGCUUCCGUUGAGUUUCAUCUUGGGUACUUACGUGUGUAUUAUCAUUGCUUUGACUAGAGUGGCAACAGCUCAGGAAAGAGUGAAGGCCCUUAAAACCUGCACAGGUCAUAUUUCACUGGUGGCCAUCUAUUUCAUUCCGAUAUUAAUCACAUAUACCUUGGGAGGAAAUAUUCAUCCAAAUUCCAGGAUUAUUAACCUUUCUCUGACCUCUGUAUUUCCUCCCAUGUUGAACCCAAUUGUUUAUGUUCUGCAGACACAAGAAAUAAAAACAAUACUCAGAAAGCUUUUAAAGAUCACAAAACAAUAA